GAUGUCGAAGAAAUUGUGCCAAGAAACAAACGAUGUUCAAUGUUUCUCAGGUCGCAAGAGGAGUUAGCUAGGGACGCUAUAAAACACGCUCUGAAGGCUCUGAAGAAACGGCAUUUACUCGAAGAAGGAGCUCAUGCUCCUGCAUAUAUUGCUCUUUCCAGGCCCAUCAUCUCUCAGGGUUCGGAAUGGAAAGAUAAAGCUGAAAGCUUGGAACUGGAACUUCAACAAUGCUACAAAGCACAGUCUAGAUUGUCCGAGCAACUAGUGGUUGAAGUAGCUGAGUCUCGAGCUCUAAAAGCCUCUCUACAAGAGAAAGAAACAACUAUUGCUGAAUUGGAGAAGGAAUUGACCCAAACCAGGGAUGAGUGCUCUCAGUUAAAAACAGAUUUAGAAGAAAAUAUUAGAGCUAUGGAAUUGGUGACGAUCGAACACCAGGAACUCAAAGCUCAAUUAGAGCAAGUGACUAUCAGAGUAAAAGAUUUAGAGGCUGAAAAUAAAAUGUUAGUUGAUCGUUGGAUGCUUCAGAAAAUGCAGGAUGCUGAACGGCUUAAUGAGGCAAAUGCACUUUACGAAGAUAUGAUUGAGCGGCUCAAGGCCAGUGGUUUAGAAAAACUUGCCCGAGAGCAAGUAGAUGGUAUUGUCCGUAGAAGUGAAGAAGGUGCUGAGUUCUUCGCAGAAUCUACUGUUCCUUCUGUUUGCAAGCACAGGAUCAAUGCCCAUGAAGGUGGUUGUGCUUCAAUACUGUUCGAGUAUAAUUCUGGAAAAUUGAUCAGCGGGGGACAUGAUCGAUCGGUCAAAAUGUGGGAUACUAGCACCGGGUCUUUAAUCCAAAAUCUUUCUGGCUGCCUCGGUUCUGUCCUUGAUCUCGCAAUUACCCAUGACAAUAGAUUCGUAAUAGCAGCAAGCAGUUCAAACAACUUGUUUGUAUGGGAUGUCAACACAGGACAAAUCCGGCAUUCUCUCACAGGUCACAAGGAUAAAGUUUGUGCUGUGGAUGUGAGCAAAGUUUCGAGUCGUCAUGUUGUGAGUGCAGCGUAUGAUCGGACGAUAAAAGUGUGGGAUUUGCAGAAAGGUUACUGCACCAACACUAUAGUUUUUCACAGCAACUGCAAUGCUCUUUGCUUCAGCACAGAUGGACUGACCAUAUGCUCGGGUCAUGUCGAUGGGAAUCUCCGUUUGUGGGAUAUUCAGACCGGAAAAUUAGUUAGUGAAGUUGCAGCACAUUCACUUCCCAUUACAUCUAUCUCCCUGUCUCGAAACGGAAAUGUUGUAUUGACGAGUGGCAGAGAUAAUUUGCAUAAUUUAUUCGAUAUACGAUCUUUGGAAGUUUGUGGUACAUUCAAAGCAACUGGAAACAGGGUGGCAUCUAAUUGGAGUCGCUCAUGUAUUAGUCCGGAUGACAAUUAUAUUGCUGCCGGCUCUGCCGAUGGAUCCGUUUACAUUUGGUCAAUAUCAAAAGCUGACAUUGUAAGCACUCUGAAGGAGCACACUGUUCCAGUAAUGUCUUGUACUUGGAGUGGACUCGGAAAACCAUUAAUCUCUGCAGAUAAGAAUGGGGUUGUCUGUAUCUGGACAUGAUCCUCUGGCAUGUUCAAUAUUCUCUAGUUAUUUUAUGUACUUUGAGGGUCCUUGGAGGGUUAUAUUCCAGUUCGAAUAUGUCUCAUGCAUGGGUACGUGAAGAGAAAUUACAAGCCAGAGUAACAUAAACGUGGAA